GUUCGGGACCAGCAGCUCCACGUGUUCGACACAGCCACCUUGACCUGGUCUCAGCCAGAUACCCACGGUGAUCCCCCUUCUCCUCGGCAUGGCCACGUGGUGGUGGCAGUUGGGACCAAGCUCUUCAUGCAUGGAGGUUUAGCUGGUGAUGUUUUUUACAAUGAUCUGUUCUGCAUUGAUGUGAACGACAUGAGAUGGGUUAAGAUACCAGCCACUGGUGACGUCCCAGGAGGACGGGCAUCCCACUCGGCAGCUGUGUUUAAGGACCACUUGUACAUCUUUGGUGGAAUAGGCCCGGAUGGGGCACUGGAUACCACCUACAAGUAUCGCAUAGAGCAGCAGCAGUGGACGCACCUACAGUUUGAAUCCCCUCUGCCUACUGGGAGGCUGGACCACGCCAUGUGUGUUGUCCCUUGGCGGGCUAGCGAGAGCGGGGACGUGGGAGCUGCCACCCAGGAAGAGUCGCCUGCGUCGGCAGGGGACAGAGCUGCCCCCCUCCUGCAGAGCCCGGGUGACAGAGUCGUGCACCUGCUGUUGGUGUUCGGCGGGAUGGAUGCCCAGGGGGAGGUGUACAGGGACUGCAUCGUCAGCCGGAUCGAGUAG